UUUCAUGAUGUUAAAAAUGUCUUUUAUUGAAAAAACUUUAGAUUGGAAUUUAUAUAUAUCUACUUAUAUAUCUAUUUACUGCACCAAACUACAGAAAAUUCAUUUAAGGAUCUAAUUCUAUAAAAUUUUAAAAAUAUUUACAUUUUUUUUGAAGUACUCAUUUCCAAAAAUUUUUUACAAUUGUAAUUUCUAUAGUUUUCAACGAAGUAACAUUACAUAAACUAUUUAUAUUAUUCUUGUUUUUGUUAUGUUUUCUUUACAUUGCUUCUAAUAUGAAUGAUGUAUAUAGUUACAUUUCAUGUCACGCUAGUUCGUCCUUGACAUUUCAAAGGAAACAGUUGUAAAUCUAUUUACAAAUAAAAAUAACAAAUGUCCGAAUAAAAAAAUAAAUGUAAAAUACAAUGUGAUAUUUUGUAACAAAGAUAAUUUCAUUUAAAAAAAAAAAAAUUUUCCGGAAACUCUAAAAUUUGAAACGGAAAAAGAGGGCGCGCACAUCAUGGCGCGUCGCCCUUACGACUUCCGGUAAAACCACGUGACCUAGCUAACGGUCGCUGUUGCCCUGAAGCGUCAUGGAAAUUCCCAUUCCCGAGCAACAACCCCCGCCCCCUUCUCUAUGUACAUACCCCCUGCUCACCCCCUCCCCAUUAAAGUCCCCACUAUGGCGUUGUCAGGUACUUAUGUACAUCCCCCACUCCUUUGCAAAAUUCUCUUCCCCCACUACCUAACUAUUGGUACCGGAUGUGCGGCAACGUCGCAACCGUUAAGUACAUAAGGACGAGUGGGAGGGGGACGAAGGGGGGUACGAGAAAGAACUGGCAACGUGUACCACAUUCAAAUCUGGACAGAACCCGGUCGGCCUCUCGGUUCACCUCCGCACAAAACAGCAGAAAACGCGGGCCGCGAGAGAAUUGCGUAUACGUAUAAAACGAGCAAUCGACAACAGUUCUAUACGAUCUGUUUAAGAUUAUUUGUGCACAUUGUCGUGUAUCUUUAUUGUCAAGUAUAGACACGAAAUAGAUUUCUAAGGCAAGGCGCAUUUCGCGGCGCCCUCGUGCGACGACCCUUUCGCUUUCCCCCCGUAAGUGUGAAUUUUGCGCGCGCGCACAUACAGUUUAAUGUAAAUGUCACGGGAACGUAGGGGUAGCGUGACCGUGUGGCGGAAGUGUUGUUUUGUGUUGUGGAAUUAUGUGCAUGGACAUUCAGGUUAACGAGAAGAAGAAGAAGAUGACCGACAGGAGUGUCGACGAAGACGUACAAAUCGUCGAAGCCCGAGUCAACAGAGGUUUUGAUAAAGUUGUUGUUAAGCAAGAACAUCCCGAUGAAGCGGAAAUCCGAGAAUUGGCUGCCAAAAUGGUGGAAGCAAACAAGGCGAAAAUGGUCAGCGGGAUACCAGGAACACCGCAACAACAAAGGCCUCCACAAUGUCUCCUUCCACAAUCAAAUCUUCCUGGUAUUUUAGGAUAUUUGAAUAAACGGCCGGCAGAUUCAUCAACUGCUGUGGCAACGAAACCUCCUUCUACUGAGGGCAAAGUACCACCUGAUGAUGAGAGUCAACGAGGACGCUUCGGAUGGACAAGCUUUGACGAUUGUCAUAUACCAUAUAUAUUUCGCUCUGGCGAGAAGUAUUGUGCUGUACGAAUCUUAGAAUCUAAGUUGUUGAACAAGUACCUGAGUUACCUACACUCGGAUAUCUACAGUUGUACGUGUAUAAGAAGUUAUUAUAUUACGGAAGCGGAAAGCAAAUUAUUCACUGAUAUAAAUGUGAAACAUUGUGAGAAUCAAUUUGGAAGAGAACCAUUUACAUGUAAAGAUCUGGUGGUUCGACUUUCGGACGCGAAGGAGUUUUAUACAUUUUUGGAUGUGUGUUAUACGAAAUUAACAGCAGGCACGAAUCCUAAUGUAUCAAGUGGGCAUAAAGCCGACAAAUGUGGGUUUAUUCGAAUAAACAAGGAAUCUGUAGUACCUUAUACAGUAAAAGACGGUCUUCAAUAUGUCCCUUUAUUUUAUUUUGAAGGCGAGACUGAGAAUCUCAAAUUAAAAGCGGAGAAACUGGAAGGUUGGGACUUAUCGUAUUUAAAAUUUUGUUGCAAAGUACAGGGUAUUCGUAAUGAAUUGUUCGCAAGUGAGACAUGCUCGGUGAUUAGUUUGAAUGACAUUAAAAGUUAUUUUCCUCCCGGUACGGGAUUUGAAGACUAUUGGCCAACUAAAGUGAUGGACUCUCAAUUAUUAGUGAAUAGCAAAGGUGGUGGUAGCGGUGGCGGUUGGACAAAACAACCUCCGACACCGCCGGCGACAAAACCAGUUUCCGUACAAAAUAGUGCGAAUAAAGCGACGGUUAAUGCACGAUCAACCCCUAUGCAUAAUAUGAUACCACGUGGAUCUGUCGCAAAUACAUCGCAAGUACAACGUGUCAGUCAACCCAGACCUGUUACAACGACCCAUCCUGCGCAUUCUUCACCAACAGCACUUCCGUCCGGAAGAUCGAAUAUUGUUACACAACCAAUGUUAAACACCGUGCAAAGUGUUAAUGGUUGGACGGGUCUCGUUGGUGGUCAACCUACCUUCCAAACAGCACUUGUUUCUCAACCUAGUUCUAUAAUACGAAUGCCCUCAUCUUUAAAUAUGCACAAUCAAAUAUCGACACCACCAAAAAAUUAUUCGCAACAAUCUAGUAGGAGCAGAGGGGGUGGUGGUAGUGCAGCAGCUCAGUACCCUGGAGUAUAUCCAGUUACAACUAUGCAGAAUGUUGCUCAGGCUCAGCCACCCCCUCUUGUCAGAGCAACAGUUCAUUCCAGUCAACCUAAUCUUGGUUAUCCAACCUAUGGGAAGGAUGACUGGGUUACAUCAACAUAUACUACACCUACUUUAGGUGUACCAAAUGCUGUUACAGCAAGUACAUAUCCUCAAAUGCUUGGUUUAAGUGAACAAGUACAAGCCCUGAUGCCAUCACCUACUUCUGUAUCUACAUUGUUGCAUCCACAAAGGCAUACACCAUCCGUACAUAAUACAUCUCAUACAAAAUAUCCACCACCAUUAAUACCAGUUAAUGGUAGUAAUAACAGUACCAGGGAUUCAAGAGGUAGAAAACCACUAAUUCCAAUAUCAGAGUCACAUGUAUCAACCUGUCAAGUUCAACCUUAUCAAAUUCAAAAAGCACUUGUAGAAGACAAAAUGGUACCUUGUAUUAAUUUCAAACCAUAUAUAUAUUCUGAAUUAUUGAUGACACUUAAUGACUUUGUCGCUCAGUAUUUUCCUGCUUGUGACAUUAAUAGUUGCCGACAAGUCCUUACAGAUGUUUUGCAUAUAGAUUUGUAUCAAGGAAAUAGGCUUCAAAUGAAGAUGUUAAUGGAAGCAGGAAAAUGUUCAUCUUUAAAUGAAGAACUACCACUAAUACAAGUAAAAAAUAUAAUGAAAUAUAUGCCCCAAUUGAAAUAUAUGUUUAAUAGAGGUGGUGAAAUGGUGAUGCCUGCACCUGCACAUUCCUCCGAAGAACAUCCUGCCAAAAAGCGUCAACGCACCAGCUAGGACUGGCUACAGCCUUACUGGCCUACUUAUGAUUAUUAUCAUUCGGCAUUUUGAAAAAGCCGAUUACUUUGACUCAUAUGUAAUAACUCAGCAUUAUUAAAUGCUUGAGAAAAUUGGAUUAAUCUGUUUUGACAUCAUGUGUCAGAAAGAAUGCACAUAACCGAAGAUUACCUUUUAUUACAAGGAAUCUGUGACAUACUGUGAGCUAUUUCUUUCUCCAAAGUGUAUCUAUUGACAAGAAUAUGCUUGUAAAUAAAACUGAGAUGUAUAAAACUAAUGCACAGUUGGCAAUUUAGAUAUGCUUUUAUAUAUUAAGAUUAUUAACACUUUUCUUUAAGAUUUCGUUUAUAACUAGAAGUUGUUGAACGAAAAGCAAGCAAAAACCAUAAAUACUGUAAUUAUCAAGAUCAUUCCUCUCUUUUUUUUCUUCAUUUUACUUUUCUACCUCUGCUAUAGAGUAUACUAUUGUCUUAUGUAUACUAUUUCUUUAUAAAUAAAAUGAGUUUUAAUCUUAAUGUGAUUCGGAGAAAGAAAGUGCUGCUGUGCGAUAAUUCAUUAACAAAACCGAAAUGCUACUAUGGGUUGUUUAAAAUUUACCUAUAGAACAUGAUAAACGGAUAUCAAAAUUUGGCAUUUGUAUUAUAUUUAAAGAGACGAAGGUAAUGCUUCUUCAAGUUCCUAGCUAUUACUAAUAUGUAUCCUGAUAAUUGCUGAAAAAUAAUUUAAAACUGUUACUAAUUCUCAACAAUGGUUUAAUAUAAAUUGUGACGUAAGUUCAGCAAAACUUACUAAUGUAAAAAUAUUCUAAGUUUUGAAUGUUGAAAUCUCUAUUUUCUAAAGUUCACUUGUCAAAAACACCGUAAACAGUGAUGCAAGAUUGAGAUAUUAUCAGUGUGUAAAUAUCUAAGUCAAUAAAAGAACUGCAAUUUAGAAUAUUAUUAAAAUAUAUGACACGUAUUAACAGUCAAUGAAAUACGUAAUACCAGUGUUUAUGAAGGCUUUAUAAUUGUUUCAAAUGUGAGUACAAUCAUUCAAAAAAUGUAAUUGAUUUUAUUUUAUUUUUAAUAAAACCAACAUUAUUAUUAGUAAAGUAUUGUUAAUUAUAUAGAAGAUUAUGUAAAAAAAAAUAUAAAUUUAAAUUAAACUAUAAAAAGAAAUUGUCUUAUUUCUUUAUACAAGCAGUUUUCAUAUUUAUUAUUUGUUAAAAUAUAUUUCAUAAAGUGAAUAUAAAAUGUAACAUAAUUUAAUUUAUAUAAAGAAGUGAUAUCAGCUUGCAAGUACUUAAAAAAAAAAAACAAAAAAAAAAAAAUAGUUGGCAAAAUUGACAAAGCACCUGAGAUAGUCUUCCGUUUUAAUAAUAUGAAAGAAAAUAAUUUAUGUUUAUUUGUAAAUGAUUUUUUAUUUGUUUAAAUAAAUAAAAAGUAACACAAUAUUGUAAUUAAGAAAAAUAAAUUCAUGUGUAUUCAUAUGUUAAGCGUAUAAGUACGCUAAUCUUAAUUGAUCCUGUUCUCGAAAAAAGAGGCUUAAAUUAGUAUUACUGACUGAUUAAUUUUCAUAUUCGCUAUUACUAUUACAUGAAACAGAAAAAACUAAAUAUAUAUACGCAAAAAUAUGUAUAUGUAAAAAAAUAAUUCUAAGGAUAAAUUAAUAUUGACCAUCCAUCAUGGAUUUUCCAUAUAAAAAAAAGGCUUAGGCAUCCUGUUACGGUGGAAAUGGUAUAUUUUGUUAUUUAUUAAUUAUAUUUAGUCAUAUCACAAUUUCAAAGAUUCUAUUGCCAUUAAAAAGACUAUGUACCAUAGACUGGUGUCUACUUUUUUCUAAUAUUAA